AUGAUGGCGCUGCAGCUAAAGACCGGGGAUGCAGCGUACUACCAGAGUGCAGAAUACUGCAGAAACUACACUUCACCGCCUGUCAGCUACGGGAACAGCAGCCAUUAUCUCACCCGAUUGCCAGGUAAGGAGAGGCUCAUGCCAUUCACAAUCUCCCCUUUGACUCCCAGCUGUGUGAUGAUGCGCUUUUGUGCAGGGGUUUGUGUUGAAAAACGAUCACCUAGAGAGAUUUUCAGAUGUCACAGAGGAAGGCUGAUGUGAAACCUGGUUGCCCUGGUGCUGCUGUCAUGAUAAUGUCACGUUAAUGGGGUGCAUCAGCCCUCUUUCUCUUCAGCUCAAAGAUGCUGCGAUGCAAAAUCCAAAAGAUGUCAAGCUACUCUAACUGUCCCUGUAGAGUGGAUGAGUUUUGCAUCUCGAUCUGAUGUGAGAAUUCAACCUAAAACAGCCUCAAUCAUACGCUCCCCUCAAUGCAGUCUGUUGUCAAGUGAAGAAAUGCUGCUCCUUUCACUUCGUAGCCUUUUGCACUGCUUGCUCUGCACAGCUGAUGGUGGCAUGUGGCAAUUUCACACUGAGGGUUUCUUCGUUGCACCUGCACAGUCCCUGCCAAAAAGAGAGAAAACAGGCUUUCCCUGCUGGUAACAGGGACUUGAGGCUAUAGAGAGGGAUCAUGUUGCUACAAAGAUGAUCUAGAUUUAUGGCAUGGGGCUGAUCUGUCCACCUGGUUACAGACCCUUCAUCAAAAUGUCAUCUUAAAUCAGCCCCUCUGUCAGGAUGAAAUUGCACAUGCUGCAUUCUUGCCAUAUUGAUUGUUUUAGUGAUCAAGAGAUAGACGAAAUGCAAACCAACAUGUAUGAUUUAUUUGCAUUUUGUUUGAUUUUUACAACUUUUGAUCAUUUUGUCUCGAAAGGAAAAUGGAUCCAACUCUCUGUCAGUCAUUCAGAACUUUUGUUUUUGCAUGUACGAGAUAAUAGAUAGAUAGAUAGAUAGAUAGAUAGAGAACUUUAUUAAUCCCCGAGGGGAAAUUCGGUUGUUGUAGUAGCCGAUACAAGCAAUACAGAGAAAUACAAAAAAUAGAUAAAAUAUACAAGACUAUACAAGGAAGACUAUACAAGUACAUAAGAAGUACAGGAAGACACUGGUCUAUCUGGUCUUGGCUGCUUUCAGCUUUCGUCCAGUGCCCAGUGAAGCAGAUGGAAUAAGUGCAGGAGGCAUGUGCUCCUCAUUGCUCCAUAAUUGAUGUGAUACAGCACAGUAUGGCAAGAAAAACUCAAGAGAAAAUGAACACUUGGCCUAUUUAGAGAUUCUCUGUGGAGGCCAGGAGAUGAUCAGGCUUCAGGACAGGAGUUUGUGUGCAUGUGUGUGUGUGUGGUUUGUUACUAAACCAGAAAAGCCAAAAAAUCCAGAGUGAAGCCCCCCCCAAAAAACUGAUGGCGAUCUCUCCAGAAACAUGUUCAAGUGUUACUGUGCUGUCAGUUUACUCAUCACUUGCCGCCUCGUGCUUUGAGCAACGUUACAUAAGCCGGGUUUUGACUCGCAAAGAUGAUUUUGUCCCCAAAGCUCGGAUACAAAAAGUUUUUUUGACUUUGCAGCAAGGUCUACUUUCUGAGUAUGUCCUGCAUCUUCGUACGCUGACAUCUAUUGGCCUGGAAACAGGUCUCUGAGGAGGGAGAAAACUGACCUUGUUGGUUUUUGUGGUUCACACAGAAAUUUGGAAAGACCUCAUAAAAAACAGACGUUGACUUUGCUGCACCUGUCCUUUGUCAGAGGAAGACAGAAAAAUCUGCCUUAUUUUUCUGUAUAUGUAACAGCUGUGCUGUUUGAUCUGGUCUGACGUCUCUGCAAGCUGGACCUGUUUUGUGUCUUAAUAGAAGGAGAUAUAAAUAGAUGCUUUCAUCUACCGCAGUGUGGAUUUGUAACAGUUUGUGAUCUGCACAGUCAGAGCUAAAAUUAAGAGUUUUAAGACGGAUUCUGAGUCUUGACAGCGCAAGGGCACAAUUUCGCCCUUGUACUGUCCCUGAGGCUUGAGAACUAUCUCGACAAUUAUGAGAUGUUGCUGCAAUGAUUCCUCUCCUUGAGGGAAAUAAUUUUGAUUUAAAUAGGUAUCAAAAGAACAGCCAUUUAUAUUUAUCAAAAAAAAAAAUCAGUAAAUUUUUAUAACCCAUACCUUUGCCUUUCAAGGGAUAUUAGAGUAUUUAUCAGGAUUUGUUGACUUUGCUCUCUUCGUAUGUGAGCAUAGACUGUAUAUACUGUGGACAACUUGGUUCCGCCUCCCGCCUGUAUACGGAUUUGAAGCCAAAAAGCUCUUGACAUUUCCAGGAUUUUUCUUCAUUUCCUGAAACCAGCAUUGCGCAGUAGCGUUGUGCGCAUUCGGCGGCAGAGUAGCUGUGAUGACGCUCGGCUCAAACAGUGUAUCCCCCGGGUGAGCUAUGCAAUCCCUGAAUGACCAUAGGCUGUAUCAGGUGUCAAUCAUAGAAAACAUGAACCCCCUAAUAACUUUUAAAAACUGAGCUUUACAGAAAAAAGAGGACUUGAGCACAAACCAGUCUUACUGUAACUACAUGUCAACAUCACAAGCAGGGGGGAGAAAAAUUUAUGUUCUGUGUAAUAAAUUUCUAAAGUUUGUCCACAGCCCCAUAAGCUUUGUGGCGGAGGCGGGAUUUACGACCUAUAUUGCAGCCCGUCACCAGAGGGUGCUGUUCUCGAAGUGGCUUCAGCCAGCAAGGAGGCAGACGGCGUCCAUUCUAUAUACAGUCUAUGUAUGUGAUAGACAUUAUACAGUAUAUGGUCUACGUUAACGUAAAAAAAUUAAGUCUGCAUCAGACAAUAGUGCAACGGUUAGGAGUGCAAAGAGUGUUAAAAGAAACAUAAUGCAAAGUGCAUGGGUGUAUAGAGUUAUAGAAAAAUAUAAAAUUAAGAAAAAAUGGUCUCAUCUUAGCACACUUCAUAAUCUGAAUAUACUGCAGUUGUACGAGUCUUUGUAGCAAACCCACAAAAUAUGUACAAUUAUAUCUCAUUAACCAAACAGUCAAUGCUUUCUCACUCUGAAUGAUAUCAUAUUAACUGCUGGAGAGAGGCCUGGGUAUAAUGGCCGUGUUUUUACCUUGUUUUUGUUCAGCCAGAUGAAGCUCAAUCUCACUAUUAAACACUCCCAGACUAAUUGGUCCCGACUGAGUGGUGUGAAAACAUGCUUUUAAAUAUUUUAUGUAUUUAUGACAUGGCGCAUUUCAUAUUAUGCAUAUUAUUUCGUAUGUAAUGGCACAUGAAGUAUUUUUCCAUAUCUUGUUGGUCUGUUAUGCACAUUAAAAAAACACCCUUAACUGCAUUUAUCUGGUGUAGGAUAUAAAAUCACUAAGAUAACAGAUAUUGCAAUAAUUGUUUUACCCAACAUCAUGUAGUCCUAAUCUGAGGGGAAAAACACAAUUAAAAGCAGAAACUAAAUGCAGUAAUAGCCUUUGAUACCUUUAUCUAUAGAGUCAUUAUUAAAUCUUUAGCUGUAGAUUCCUGUUUUCAAGAGUAGGGGUGAUUUAGUAAAGCGAAUUUUUUAGUGAACCCAAGGCGCCGCUUACAGAGAAAAUGAAGCUAAAUCACGGUUAACUUGAUUACUGUCACUCCAACAAAAACAUCACAUUACUGGUGUGUGUAUUAUAGAUCCUCACUGGCCACCUGUACUGGUCGUAGAAAUCUGAUAGCAGCAAUAAAUCACAGAGCAAUGUCAUUUUAAAUGAGGCAGUAUCACCAAGGACAGAAAAAAAUUACAGUGUGUGGAGGAGGGUUGUUACGAUACCAGAGUUUUAGACUUUCAGACGACACUAUUAAAACUCAGACAAUGUCUACUCCUUACCUUACCCGUGUGUGUCAGAACCACAGUGAUAAUAAUGAAACUCCUGGGCAGCCAUAACCUGGUUUCUUUUUCUCUGUUUUUAUCACCACACAUUGAACAGUGCUGCUUUAGAAAAAGACACUUAAAAGAGACUAACAUAUGACAAGCUGAUUAAUGUCUUUUUUCUGUUUUACCGCUUUGUUUUCAUUAGCACUGCAUACUCACUUUGCUUUAUCUUUAGGUGACUCAACCACCUCUCCUCUCUCUCUGCCACUCACAGCAGCUAUGGCUUGAUAAUAUGACAGUAGAUGUACCUUUUUCAUGGGCUUUGUUUACUUUUAGUAUCUGAUGUAAAGAUAACGCAAACUUCAUUGUUACACCAUGCAGCAUAAUAAAAAGUACUAGAGUUUGACAGUGGCGUACCAGGCUGACUUGACUUUCUAAGUAAUAGUAGUAAUUGCACAUGUGCCGCAAAAGUGCUUUUUUUUGUAUGAUGUCUCUGCAAUCAGCUUAGCUGUUUGAGUUGCUGAAAUAGUGAGGUGCAGGCUGUCUCAAUCAGGGCUGAAGGGUUCUCCUGAGGCUGCUGCUGAUGAGAUUGAUUACGUGCAGAAUGAGGAAGUGGAUUGGAAGAUGUCGCACUGCUUUGAGUUAAGUGAAAAACAUGAAUAUUAGUAACACAAUCUUCUUAAACUGCAUCAACUCAAAUGCCUUUUGGACAUUCCCGUAUCCUUUUAUUAACAUUAUGAACUAAUUUCUCAGCAAUUUGUGUGUUUAUGUUUGCAAAUGAAAACCAGGUGUUUCCUGUUUUGUCCACCAUAUUUUUGAAGUGUAAGAUGACAUGUAAGUUGGUCAAAAUUGAUCCAAAAUUACUCUUACGGGGUUGUCCAAACAAAUCAGAACUCCACAUGGACAUGAAUCUAUACCUUUAACUUCAGUUGUUUAUUCGUGAUCUUGGUUCAACAUUAAAUGAUCAUGACCUGUAUCCCCAGAGCCGUUGUCUCUCUCUUGAGAGAGAGCGACGAAACUAAGUUUAGAUCUUAAGGCGGCAGCUGGAACUUACUCAUUAUAUUUGGAAACAGAGGUAAAUAAAAUGUAUUAAUGCAUGUCCCUUCAGGGCUUGUGCAGUUUUCAAUAUUAUCCCACUUCCUAUGAGGUUCAUUGCAUAUAAAUUACUGCUGCUGCUGCUGCUGCUCCCUGCGGAUGCCGGAAAAAUCUCAUUUUUAGAGGGAGCUUCCAAAAACAGCCGAUCACAGUAUGAUAAAACGGCAUUAAUAGAAAUGAUCUUUGCCAAUGAGCUGUGAAACUGAGAGUCGUUUAUAUGUUUUGCUCCAUAAAGGGACUCUAUUAAUGUAUUCUUGUUAACAUCCUCAUGCUUGUAGAGUCAUCUUUCAGUAUAAGAUAGUAAGGUCAGUAAGUCAUCCAGCAUACCUUUCUGCUGAGGUCAGCCAGGCCAGGUGACGGAGAGGCAGCUAGACGGACUGAACAGACAGACUGACAGAAAGCAGCAGUCGGAAACACAAACACCCCAGGGUGUUAUUUUGGGGCCAUGAAUCACUCCCAUUGGGUGUCCAAUUGGAUUCCAGAUAAAAGCUUCCAGCGCAGUGAGUUUUGACACAGCUGUUGGCCUUUUACUGACCUGUCAAUGUAUGGAGUUACACACACACACACACAAACACAAAUAUAAUGGCUCAUUAGAGUGUUACAAACCAACACACACACACAAAUCAGCACAGUGACAUACCUAACAUCAUGCUAUUUAUUUCUGGUUCUUACACAAACACGCGCCUAUUCAAGCAGUCACACUUCAGGCCGAGUAAUCAGGGACGCUUGAGGAUUUUAUUGUCACUGUCUGUGUGACUGAGUGUGUGUGUGUUUGGGUGUGUGCGUACAUGCAUGUGUAUGUAAUGUCCCGUAUGCAUGGCUGCAGGCGCUGCGGGCUCAGCUUAAUCUUCCUGAUGCCCACUGGAGUGUAAAUCUCCUCUGUCCAAGAAUGUGUCCCCAUUCGAACAUUUCUUUACAUCUCUCCAGCCCGAGGGCUUCAGGAUAUAAUCUUAGUGCUACUGUACAUUAGGCAUUGGAUUCUCACCAGAUUCCUUUUCAUUGUCCGUAUGAUGAUCUGCCAGUACACCAUGUGCACUUAAGCCUGCAGUAUCUGAAGCAUCUUCAGAAGUCUAUAACUCAAAGCAGAUCAUGCAUUUAUUUUGAAAGGUUGUUUUAGAGACAAGCAAUGUGGGUCUAGCUUCUGGUGCCAUUUAUAGCAUUGUGUGUCAAAGUGUUUUUAUUUCCUAAAUCCUUUGCUUUGAGACGCAUUUGACAGAAUCAGAUCAAAUCAUACAGCAUUACAAAAGUGUCCACCUAAACAGAUUUGGUUUGAAUGCACUGUCUUUAGAUCACUGCUCCUAUAAAUCCAUGCAAUGUUGAUUAAAGUUAGCACAUAUCAUAAAACAGCGUUGACAAUGGUGAAAAUGUAUGUGUGGAAAGACAGGAUGCAACGAUAAGACAUUUGAAGGAUUGAGUUUUACAGAUAUUGUAAUGCAUGCGCUUGAUUUUCAAUAUACCAAGUCAACUAUCCUGUUUUUGUACCAGAUAGGAUGAGCUUUGCAGGGUCGAAUUCAUGUGGGAGAAGUGUUGAUGUCUAGUUUUCAAUCCUCUUCUUUAACAACUAAUCUAAUCUUGCAAUCGGCUGAAGAAACUCCUGUCCAUACUAGCUCUUGAUUUGUUUGAAAUCCAGUGAAAAUGCUUUAUUUAUCACACUGUGUUAUUGGUUUAACUGCAAUAAUUAAAGCUCCUAUGAGGAGUUUUUUGAUGUUUAUAAAACAGCCAGAAAUUCAUUCUGAAGCCUUUUAUAUGCCAACCAAAACAAGCAAAAAAACACCAGUAAUAAGAUUUACUAUUUUCAUACUAUAAAUCUUAACAUCUGGAAACUGGUGUGAGGGGGUCAGUGUCGACUGAGCAGCUGAAGAAACAGACUUGUUUAUUAUAAUUUCCACGUACCGUAUUUUCGCACUAUAAGGCGCACCUGAUUAUAAGGCGCACCAUCAAUGAACGCGUCUAUUCGCGUCUAUUUUCAAGCCAAACAAAACAGUCAGAUAAGCUCAACUUUAUUUAACUCAUUCAAUAACUCUGUGAGGCUACGGUAGCUGCAGUGCUCCAACAAGCCAAAAGGAUUUUAAGUGCGCCUUAUAGUGCGAAAAAUACAGUAUUCAACUCAACUCAACUUUGUUUGUAAAGCACUUUAAAACAACCAUAUCUGAACAAAGUGCUGUACAUAAAUAGACAAAACAAUGCAAACAUAAAAAACAAUCAAAAAACAAUUAAAACAAUGGAUAAAAUAAAAGCAGAUAUUAAAAAGUAAAAUGAUACAUUUAACUGUAAAAAGUAAGAAUGAUGAUUUUUUUUUUGUCAGGAGAAACUACUUAAGCAUGCCGAGGAGAAAAUCAGCAAAGACUGCUUUGUCCACAGGGGGCGCCAAGAUUAACACAAACUAGUGUCCCACAAACAAGUCCCUCACAGGAGCUUUAAAUCUUGUGGAAGAGUGUUUUAAGAGUACAAGUUGUAGAUUUUUUAAUGGUUUAAACCAGAUAUUUUAACCUACAAUGCUAGACUUUAUUCUGCUUUUCUGCUGUGUUUUACUUUCACACUUGAUUGUUACUGACACGCUUAUAUCUGAUCUCCCGUUUAUGUUUCUUUAGGUUACUUUUAACUAAUGUAAUGUCACUCAGUUACUGUGUGUAGUUUUUACUUGAUGGUGUAGUGCUGGGUGGUGAUCCCUCAGAUGGUAAACCAAGUUUGAUGUGUUUGACCUUUUAGCGACAACUUUUUUUGCAGCAGGUUUUACAGAUGGGUGGUCUGUCGCCUUCAAUAACUCCUUGUUCAUUCCUGGUGUACUCACAUGCUCUCUCAGUGGAUGAAAAACAUUCCUGCUCAGUCUCUGUGGUGCCUCAGAUGAGCUAAUGUUGCAUCGCCUCCACAUCUCAUGACGAACACAGCAGCACACUGAGUUGGUGCAUCACAGGUAUCACUGAGCUUUUGUUCCUUUAAGGUUGCACAAGACAGAAACACUUGGAGUAGAUGAGCUUUUAGAUUAAUAAGAUUGUAAAGAAGCAUGAUAUUUCAAAGCGUGGUUGACAGUGAAACCAGCUGAUCACUGCAUCUCUAAUUUAAAGCUGUAGAUCAGGAGCCAAAGACUCUUUAAGGUUGUGCCAAAACUCACUACAAUUCUUACAGUCAUUAAGACAUUUGAACCUGCUGCUGAUGACAAAGGGGAAAAAAUCCAGGAGAUCAUCAGAAAAUAAAUUCAUAUACAUUGUCUUUGAAAUUUGCUGAUGUGUUCAAACUCUGUAGCUAUCCAAUAAUUGGAGUAUUGUGCUGAUAGGUAAAAACUUUGCUUGCUGGAGGUGACAGAUGAAAAGGGAGCAGAUCAAUACAGUUAUUAGAAGUUAUCCUCUGCAGACUGUAAAUAACUGAAAAUUGUUAUGCUUUUCCUUGGUAAUCUUUGAGAUUUUGAAAUACGCAUGGCUUGGUUAAAAGUGUCUUUUUUAAAUUUGAUUUUAUACUAUCUUAUAUAACCUGAAUUUAGCCUGGUUAGUGCCAUUGAGAUGAGAGGGUUUUUUUCCAAUGGCGACCUGGCCAAGUGUGGCAGCUGCACAAAGUUUAAACAUCAAAACACACGAUGAAAAAAUAAGGCAACUGAAGCAGACUGCCAACGACAAACUGCACAUGUGCAACAAAGGUUGUGAACUGCAUACUUUUAGAUUAAAAGGAAGGAAAUGUUAUCUGGAUUUUUUCCCAGACUGGCUUUAUAGAAGAAGAUACACCUACUUCUGAGCUCACACACCAUCAGAUAGACUUUGGAAUAUCGAGUAGCCUGCAGUAGUGAAUAAGAAACCCACAGUUCUUAAUAAAUCUCAGUGUACUAUGAUACACACUGUGCAGGCUGUUAAGACUUUGAGCAGAGGCAUUCAUGAGCUGACACAAGGCCUGACAUCAAGCUAAAUCUGUCACUGGCCUUUCAAGAUCACUGGCUUCACUAUUGUAACCGCUGGCUCGAGGACAUAGCUUUUGAUAUGGAAAAUCACAGUCAAGAGUUCACUUUCAACAUGAAGAAAACCAUUAGAUGUAAUGCAAAAGCAGUCUACUUUAUUUUGUAAACUCUGUUAUGUAGUCUUUCCACCAUGUCCUCCUCAGUCCGUUGGUGGUUCUGCAUCUUUUAGAUACCUUGGCUGUGAACCCACCUAUCAUCUUGCUCAUCAUGGUCAGCAGCUUUAUGUAACGGUUGAUAGCCUGUUAGCCCUGCGUUGGGAUUAUGCUAACAUAGUAAUCAUACAUAACAUUCAUUUUGCGGCAGAUCAGUUAUAGCACACUGCAGGCUGAGUUAUCACAUCUCUCGAUUUAUGUAGCUACAAAUAAGAAGAGUGGAGCGUGUAAAUCCUACAACACCAUACUGAACUUACACCUGCUUUGAGGGGCAGAUUUAGUUAAAGAUGACAUUAAAUCCCUGCCAACUAAAAGGUGGAGUAGGCAGGAUCUGAGGAAGUGCCAGUUUUUGGGAGAAAUCUUGAAUGUAAACUCUACCCCUCCCAACCAGUUUUGCCCUCAGCUCCUCCUCUCCCCUCCCUCUCUGCUCCAGAAAGCCCCGCCCACAAACAGACGCUCCUGCUUGCUCGUAUCGUUCCAAUUAAAUUCAGAUAUAAUGGAGAUAAAUACUUCAGAUAAUUACAAAUGGGGCCCAGUCAACGUGAAAGUAAAAAGCAUUGGUGCUACCGUAGAUGUCAACAGACUACCAGCAAACACAAUGUUUGUAGGACUUCUACAACUAGGAUAAAGUGACAUAGUCCAGGACCCGAGGUAAACGGUUUAGCGGCGCUACAACACGUAGCAGGUCCCGUUUGACAAGAACACUUCUGUUACAGACACUUACCUUACUUUGUUAAAGCGGUUGACCUGUCCAGCAGAAAGGUUACAGGGUUCGUAAGAUCCCGAAGCGUCCCCCUUCGUUUUUGCUUCACUUAUGUUGACCCGACUUUUUAGCUCUUGUCCGGUUUACCUCCUUUUUAAGCGCCCGUUAUUCCACCAGAGUCUCCGGUAUUUACUUGGUUUUCUUGCUUGUGUUGGCAGUCAUGGCCAAAGGAGGAUUCAGACAAUUUUCUGUACUUUCUGGUUGGUUUCUACUGUUCAAUAUUGUAGCACGCUAACUUUGUUUGGGCUCGUGAACAUUAUCGGAGGACAUGGAGCAUGCGUCACAACACGAAGGAGCUGCAUCUACCUCACAACCAAUCAGGUUGGGGGAGCCAGAGAAUGGAUUUGAGAAUGGCCGCCCAAAAAAUUUAAAAUGUUGACUAUACAGACAUAAGGGAACACAGCAAUAUCAUUAUAUUACCAAAUGUCAUCAAUAACUAAUAGCUAUUGACCGAUAUUAAAAGCUUUUUUGUAAAUACACCACAAAAAAAGAUGCUUCUUUAACGGAUUCCUGCCUACCCCACCUUUAAGUGGUCUUUCCAGUGUGGCUUGAACUUUCUCCCUCCUUCUACUCUGCUACUCCCUGUCACUCCAUUUCUCUCGUGUUUCUGGUGAUUUUCUUUUUUUAGGCUGUUUUGACUUUUGCUCUGCCAGUGGUUUUUAAAAACACACUAUCCUGAGAGAGAAAAACCCACGCUCAAGUCGGUGUCUGAGUGCACACCUCCAGCGUGGUGAGAGGGCUCGAGGGAGUGACAGCAGAGAAGCUGUCGGCGGCUGGGCUUCUCAUCUCUGACACACGCGCAGGCGCUUAUGAAACGUCGAUGCUGGAGCAGUUUUUAAGAAAAUGACAAAAAUUCACUGACUCAACCCUUGUAGCUACCAGAAGAAAAUGAUUUGAAACUAUCUGACUGGAUUUCUUAUGAUUCAAACUGGCAGGAGAGAGCCAGUUAAAGGGGCAGUCAGCUGUCCCAGAGUCUGUCAAUCACGUGUCAUCCUAUCCUAAAUGACAGCAAAUCACAUCUAAAACAUCAACUGGCUAUUGUCUAUCAUAAAUGCUGUUAUUAAAUAGAUGAUAAUAUACGUUUUAUAUUGCCUCUGACCUUUUUAUCAGGCAUAACCCAGUGUAUUACUUUUUUCAUCAAAAGUCCAUCUAAAGCAUGUUGCUAGCAAAGAAAACCACCUUUUAGAUGUUAUUGUACGUUGAAUAAUGGAUUCCUACAUGAAUUUCUCCCUUUGUAUUUGAAUGUUAAAGAUAUUUGCCUCAUAUUUUUGUCUUUUUGAACUCUUUCAGACAGCUGGACAGAAAUCUAAGAGUCCCCUGUGGCAGCAUUUUACUGAGCCAAAUACUGCCUCCAUGGUUCUGCUUCCCCUUAGUCAAAUAAGAUAUUCAUUUUAGUACUAAAACUUCCCCCUUUUUGCUUGUCAUGUUGAAUUAUUUUUAUUGUCAAGUGGAGGAAAAACAGUAACAGGAAGAUUUUAGCUUUACAUAUCGUCCAUCUCUCACAGUAUCUGUAAAUAUUCAGUAUUGGCCACUGAAAAAGCGAUAUCUGUCUACUCCAGUCUUUGACGAACAUGUUUACUAGAAAAUGCUGUUUUCACUGCUUUUGAAGGUGUGAAGAACAUGAGCUUAUUUUAUUCUGCAUUUUAAAUAGGUUCCAGAUGACAGAUCUGAAUCAAAUGCACACUGAAGGUUUGAAAAGGCUUGAGCAGGCGUAGGUUCACAUUGGUCGUUGCAAAUUUCCCCACCGUGGGACGAAUAAAGGUUUACAGUCUUUUCUUUGGAGUAAGGUCUGCUAUCGAGAGGUAGCAGAUCGCUUUGAUGUUUUAAUACUGUUGUGUGACGACCAAUCAGAAUCAAGUAUCUUAACACAACUGUGCAAUAAACACAGUUUGUUUUAUCUGAUGUCCACAGGCCCAGAGACCAUGCUGAAGCCUCCUCUGAGUCUCUUCAGUCACCCCCAGCAGCCUUUUCAUCACUUGGACUCUCUACACCAGCUGGGACCUCCACCAAUGGCACCAGUGCAACCUCUUGGCCCACCCCCUAUGGCCCCUGCUCAGGCAAUGGGACCCCCAACUAUGGUUCCCACACAGACUUUAUGUCCCCCUCCCAUAACUGCUGCUCCUUGCACACUAAGGCCUCCUCACAUCACCCCUCCACAUAGCUUAGGCCCCCCUCCGAUGGCCCCGACUCCACCACUUGGGCCUCCACCAAUGGCGCACACAUUGUUGCCCCCACCUGUAGAUCAUUCCCAAGCAAUAGUGCCUCGAACCAUGGACCUUACACAACAGCUGGGGCCUCCUCCUUUAAAUCCUCAACAGGCCUUAGUGCCCCCACCUGUAGUGGCUCCUGGAGCGGGACGAUUCCCCCUCCCUCCCAGCCCCUUGUCCUCCCCUCCUGUUCCAGGCCCUGAUACUUCACAGCUACCCCCAAGACCCCCUGGACCAGCACCCAUUCCAAACCCGAUGUCCUGUGUCAUACCUGGUGGUCCUCUUCUGGAUCAGGCCAGCGAGCAGCCCCAGGAUGAGGGUUCUCCACUGGGUGUGGAGGAGCAGGAGGACUCAUUGGGACUGGGGGAACUGUGUAAACCACUGUACUGUAAACUCUGCAACGUUACGCUCAACUCAGCCCAGCAGGCACAGGCUCAUUACCAGGUCAGCGGAAGUUCACAUUUAAGUGUGUACAAAACAUGUUUAAUGUUUCACUAAAUACUUACAACAACCUCCAUUUCUUUAUCUUUGUGUCUAGGGGAAGAAUCACAGUAAAAAGCUGAGAAAUUUCUACGCCGGCAGUCAACAGCCUCCAGCUAUCAGGAUCCCAGAUGCACUCGAGGGAGCCGGCCAGACAGCGCUCAGCUCAGGAUCCAACGACAAUGACGCAGGCAGACAGGUCAGGACCAAACCUGGAAAUUCAGCACCCACCUACCUAAAUGUUACAGUUUGUAGUUGAGUAGGUGGAUGUGCUGCUGUCUUUGCAAGGGAGCCAACGUGCAGAUAGAGGUAAUUUUCUUUAGAGGAGGUGGCAGAGAAAUGCAGAGCCUGGAUAGACAAACAGUGGAAGCGUUUAAAAUUUCACUGGAUAUACCUGUUCUCUCUAACAUGAUUUCAUUUAACUACCAUGAGCUUAAAGUAACAGUGUUAUUUUUGUCUUUGUAUUAUCAAUCAGUCUUUAUUUAUAUAGCACUUUUCAUACACAACCAUGUCACACAAAGUGUUUUACACAGAAAAAGGGAUAAAAGAAACAACUACUAGAAAAGCACUCGGAGAGCGCAGACCUCCUCCAAGCAGCUCUUGUCUCCCCUUAUAUUGUGAUUCACACCAGAACUUUUGCUGUUGCGUGUCUUUAAUUAAUGUUUAUUUGUGUUUAAACUGGUAUGUUCACUGUUCAUAAAACAAGAAAUGCCCUGACCCGGAUUGGAACCCAGGACCUUCUGGUUGUGAGGCGACAGUGCUAACCACUACACCACUGUGCUGCCUAUCUACACCACUCUGCCGCCCAUUCGUUAUCUUUCAGCAUUGAAAAUUCCAACGACACUCUUAUUUUUGUGUGUUCUGGAUCACAGUAUCCAGAAUUUUGUCCGGAUCACCACCAAAAUUUAAUGGGAUCCUCCUGGGGCUGAGACGCACCUCUGGUGAAAAUUUCAGGUCAAUCCGUCUGUAACUUUGUCCGUAAAAUUGCUAACAGACAAACCAACAAACAAACAAACCAGCGCUACCAAAAACAUAACCUCCUUGGCGGAGGUAAUUAUCCAAAUCUACCCCAACCCAACCCCUCAUUCCCACCCCAUAAUCUAAACACAACAGGAACAGUAUUAAAAUGCAUAAACUUAAAAAGAGCUUAAUUUCAUGGAAACAGGAAUGUGCGCACUGAGGAAACGCCAUUUUAAAACUUAAGAUAAGGAAACACUGGAGGUUUAGGUUAAAAUCUAAAGACAAAGUAACAUAGAAUAAAAUUUAAGAAAUAAUAAAAUGAAAUAAAAACAACAGUAAAAGAUACUAAAAUAAGAGCACCAAAAUAGCUCAAUAAAAGACGAUCCUGUCAUUGAAACUAGACAGAGAUAGAUGCUAAAACACUUAAACAAGCAAGACUAAAAAGGUAUGUCUUGAGUUUGGUUUUAAGGUCUUUAAGAUUAGGUGCAGGUGCAUUAUUAAGCACUAAAUUGCACAAAAUAUUGCACAAGUCCAAACGGGUGGUGUCUGCACGGUCCAUAAAAAAAUCCCAGUCUGCCUCACAGACAUUGAAGAAGUAAUAAAGAACAAUUUAGGGAUACUCAGGUGCAAUACAUUGUGAUUCUCUUCUCCCUCCAAGCAGCUGGUCGGGGACAAAGCAUAACUCUGCUCCAAAACUGCAGUUACACCGAGAACAGGCUGCUAUGAAGUAUUACACACCGUUAGAGUCCCAAAAUGCAAACAAAGCAGGAGUACAAGGGCGUUUAAUUUACUGAGACGCAGCAAUAUGAGAAGAGGAGCAUUUCACACAACUGCUGUGCAAACAGCUGGACAUAACACACACACACACACACACACACACAGAAGAUGACAAGAAGUUGUUACCUGAUUUGAAUGAAAUGAUUCACCUGUUUUGUUAAGUGUGAAAAAUAACUCUGUCUUUGCUGAAUAAGGCUUUUGUUGGAUAAUGACAGCAGGGUGCUGUAAUUGAGAUGCAGAGAGAUGUAUUGGGAUUCAUUGGGCCUUCACGUGCACAGUCAGAACCACGAGGAGUAGAGAAGUCAGAGAAAUAUCAGUUUUUAUAUCUUUUGUUUAUCAAUCCUAGAACCGAACCAAACUGGACCAUGUUGCAGGAGACCGAAACAGUCCAAAGAGUUCAACAUUAUCUUAAUAUUCUGCAGAAACUCAGAAAUUCAAUUCUACAGUUUUUGAAGCUGUUUGCUUAAGUGUGAUUUAUAUGAUCAUGUAGCUUAUACACACCAUCCUUUAACAGCCAAUUACAUUUUUUAGGUUACUUUUGGACUCUAAUGCCUUUAUACAUGGACUGUGCAAUUUAACCACUGAGUUUAAGCAUCAGGUUUGAUGGUUUAAACCUUUAAACAUCAGGUUUAAACCUGAUGCCAGCAUCAGGUUUAAGGUUUAAUCUUGUCGUUGCAGCCCUGUGCUUUUGUCAUUUUUGUUCACCUUAAAAAUAUACUAAAUUUACAUUCAAAUGAAUAAUACAUGUGUCGAAAAGAUUUGUGUUUUGUUGUAUUUCUGUUUUCAUUUUCCAGUCACUGUUUACUCCAGAGCUCCUCUCAGCACAAACACUGCGUCUCUUUGUCCUGUGUCCUCAGGCACUCUACAAGGGAGCAACCCGGGUCAUCCUCGCCACAGAGAAUGACUAUUGUAAGCUGUGUGACGCCUCCUUCAGUUCACCAGCAGUUGCUCAGGCCCACUAUCAGGGCAAGAACCACGCCAAGAAACUGAGACUCGCCGAGGCCCAACAGAACGCCAGUAACAUGUAGGUUUAGGUCCAGAAGACGUGUAUGAAGUAAAUUUGGGUUUAGCAUCAGCUUUGAGGAAUCUAAAAAUGAUAAAAAGAGGCCCAGAAAAAUACAAGCAUUUGAAUACCUGAAUGAUCCAAUACUGUACUUCUCUUCGGUCUUUAACUACCAAGGAUUUUUGUGGAAACUUAUACUUCUGAAUAAAAAGUAAAAGUUUAAGCAGCUAAAGUUAAGUUAAUCUGGAUUUAACGAUGUUUUUAAUCUGUUUAGGGAAGGAAACAACGAGGCAGCCCCAAGAAGAAGCAGGAAAGAUGGCAGUGAAUACAGACUGGUGAAAAACCGCCGCAGCCCACAGAUAUCUGCUACCAUGCCAGGUAAGUACAUCAGUGCUGCUAAAACUUUGAUCUGCUGAAAAUACAAAUAGGGGACAGUGUAAUUUUAAAGGGCCAGUACAACAAAGAAACCAUGUAGUUGCUACAUUUGUGUACUUUUAAAAUGACCAACCUCGUUUCAGCUAAGCUCACAAGAGAUUACGUCCAUUAGAGGUUGUCAUUACGUUCUGAUCAGAAAUAGGAGAGGAAUGAAUUUCUCCAUUAGUAGGGAUGUUCCAAUCCGAUAUUGAAAUUAGGAAGGAGUAGGAGUGAUGUCGGCUGUGUGGCAGUAUUUUUAUGUUUAAGUCUGAAAAGAUGUUGCAGCUGAGUGCAAAACUUGUUAGGCAAAGGUUUGUGCCAAUAUCAGAUCAGUAUCAGUAUCGGCCAAUACUGCAGGCUACAAUAUUGGUAUCGUAUCAGAAGUAAAAAAGUUGUAUCGGGACACCCUUCAGUGUUCAGUCAUUCACGAACGAUUUGUUUAAAAGAACCAAAUCUUUUAAGUGAACGUUCUGAACCGAACUGAGAAACAGCAUUGCUAGCGAACAAGGGACCGCAUGCACCGACGCGAACGAAUCACGCAUUGAACUACACUCUCUGGAAUCAUUUUUGUCAGUCAAAACUACCUUUUUUUAUCCAAUGCUAAAUCGCCACCACAACAACUUGCAUACAAUAGGACACAGCAUGUAACAAGUAGAGCAUUAAACCCACAGCAUCCCAUCACUGCAGCGGUUUGCGAGGGAACGGUGCAUUUUCAGUUUGAAUAGCAUACCAUUGGAAAGUACACUUACAACAUCAUGACUUAUAAACAAGUUCGUUUUUACAAACCUGUUUGUCAAAGCAACACAGCCAAACACUCUCGUCUCCCGGUCCCAGAAACUGAAUCCUGAACCGUUCAGCUGUGUAUCAGUUCAGGAGGUCGGAGUCGCAGGCUUCUCCCACCAAGCGCUACAUGAUUCGGUGAUUUGGUGAACGAAUCUUUUGAACGAAUCUUUUUAGUGAACUGAUUCUAGUGAUUCAGUACAUCUAAAAGAACUGCCAUGUCCAUCACUAACACCCCUAUCCAUUAGGGUCCCUUUUACAGCACAUGGACUGGUGUUAGAUUUGUUGCCCUCUUCUUUUGUUCGGUUGCCAUAGUGAUUGACCACACACACAGCUAUAUGAGCAUCUAAGUACUUACACAACCUCAGUUUGUCUUUCCUUCCUCAUGACCACUACUUUGAACUGUAACAGUCCUGAGUGUAAAUGUCAGGCUUUUCCACCUUUGGCAGUUCUGUCAACUCAACCAUCCACUGAGCCCACGAGUCAGCCAGUCUAGUCCAUCAGUGUGAACUCCCGUGGGUAACACUCUCAGUCCCAGACAGAAGGUGGUGUCACAUAUGCACAGAGUCUGCUCUUGAUGCAGGCUAACCCCGCUUUAAAUGUCUGAAAGGAUUAUUUCAAAACUUUACACUCUUGACUGACACUUCGAGGGUCUGCAGUCUUUGCAUAACCUGCACAACCCAACACUCAAACACCCCAUGACUAAGACAAGACUAUCACACAAGUUAUGAAUGAAUGAAUUGAGCGCUUUACCAGAAGCUGCAUGUUUUGUUGGAGGUUUGGAUUUGUUUGCUGUAGAAAAACUAAGAAAGCAUUAUGUUAACAGUGUUUUCUUUUCUUAAAGAUGUUUUAAUUACACGAUGGAGCGUAAAGUAAUCAACCUCCUCCUGUUCGGGUGGACACAAAAGCUGCUGCGUCACUGUUCAGCAGACACAGUUAGCAGAUUACAAUGUUUGCUGAAGCCUCCACCACCAUGGUUUCUGUCUGCUUGUGUGAGCGUCUGCUUUUACCCUAAUGUGUGUGUGUGAGAGAGAGAGAGAGAGAGAGAGAGAGAGAAACAGAUACAGAGCAGGAGCAGGUAACGUCAGACCUUCUGCUGACGUCAAGCCAUGAUCUCUUUCCCUGUUUUUCCACAGACUAAAGCAGUGGCACCUUGGCUCAAGAUUGGGUCGUGCAAAUCAUCAAGUAGAGCAAAUUCACUUUCUCCCCUCUUCUGUCUUUGUCACACACACACACUCUCUCUCUCUCUCUCUCUCUCUAUCUCUCUCUCUUGCUCUCUCUUUCACACACAUUUUUUUUGCUGAUUUAAUCAUUUUUUUCUUGACGGACAAACCCAAAAAUAGCCGCUCUCUCUUCUGCUGUAUCCUUCUCGCUGUCUUUUUAUCUCUCACCCUAUCUCUGUCUCGUUUUUCUGCCUUAACACACACACACACACACACACACACACACACACACACACACACACACACACAGCUCUUUCCACUGAUCAACCAGAUGACUGUAUUCCAUGCUUGUGUAUCUAUAUCACAAACAGAGGAGCAGUUUUUGUGUGAUGUCUUUAGACUUGGUUUUGGGAAUGACGAGGACUUGUGUGAAAAAUCUUAUGUGUUCUCAGACAUUCAGUGUUGAUUGUAAUUAAGGUGGAAAUAAGCAGUUGACUGAGUAUGUUGACGUGUCUUUGAGGUUCCAUGUGCUAACCUCAGCGUCUUAGUGCUCACGAAAGAGGAUGUAAACAGGCUGUUCAUUUGAAUAUUGUGGUAUGUUGUGCAUUAUUAGCCAACAGAAACCACAGUUUAGUCACUUUAGUUGUUCGCACCAAUGGAGGCACUAGAGGAUCAGUGAACACGAUUGUGGGGAACAAAAAUGUCAGGACCAAAUGUCAUAUAUAGAGAUACUUCAGCCCUGUGUAAAUAUCAGACAAACCAACAGACCUACAAACGGCUGUAUGCUAGCUGUAGUGUCAGUCUGUUAGCUUGAGUGUAAACAUUUGGCUAAUUUGCAAAUUUUCGCUUUUCCUCAAACAACUUCUGAGCUCACAAUCUGUAACAUGAUAGCAAGAUUUUGGAUACUGAAGCCUCCUAGUUUCUGCAGAGGUCUUCAGGGACCUUGAGCACUGUCUUCUGUAUCGUGUACCGCUACAUAAUAUAAUGUUAGUUUUCAGCCACUUUCUUGCAGAUGCUGAUAGAGUCUUGUAAGUGAGUGGAUUUGAACAAUAGCUGUUGUCUGAUCAGAUUUCUCUUUAAAUUAGCUCUUUACUGUGGCCUAUGUUGUAGUGUUGAAUAGAUAAGAGUUGUCAGAACUACUAUAUGGAUAAUAACAUAGAAAUUCGCACUUUGGCAGUAUAACAUCUGAGUUUGACUUCAGAGGUAAAUGGUAGCUAUGUGGUCUGUGUAAAUAAAAGAUUAGUGUUUGUUUUCGUAUUUUCAGCUCAAAACAGCAUAUGUAAUAGAGAUGGAAACAAAAUAAUUAAUCAACUUUUCGCUUUCGGGUAAUUGAUGCAUUGUGCAACGUGGACCAAAAACUCCAGGCCAGAGCGGUAGAGAAAGGCUAACCUGCUGUCAUGGAGAUGGACACAUCCUACGUAUUAUUCAAAGCCGCCAGGAGGGUCACGCUGAAGCAACAUAAGAUUUUGGCGCUCGAAUCGCUCUGUCGCAUCUUUCGCCAUGGUAACUGUCGCUGAGGAUCAUGCAUGUAUGCUCAAAACAGGCGCACUCAAAAUCAAUAAUUGUAAAUAAGUUUUAUUAUUUCGCUUUCGUUUCCUUCUCUAUUAUAUAUUCUGAUUUGAGCUGAAAAUACGAAAACAAACACUUAUCUUUUAUUUUUUGGUUACACAGAAAAACAAUAAACAAAAUAUUGACUUGUUUUUUUUUUUUUCGUUUUUUUUCGUUUACUAGAUUGAAUGGAAUAAUUGUAUGGAUAGAUAAUACAUGGACCCUAUGUGAAUAUGGGUAAGGGUCAUCAAACCAUAUCUAAUGGGCAACAUAUUGGGGUCGAGGAUGAGGAAAAGACUCAAAUUACAAUUUUUUCUCAGUUUGAAAAAAAAAAGGUCAAAGUGACGAGAAUGAAGUCCAAUUAUCAAGAAUGAAGCAGGAAAUCCAUAUAUGUUUAAAUCAUAUAUGUUUAAUUUCAAACUUCAAAGAAACAAAUCUCAUUCUCUCGUUAUCGUAUAUCAGCGCAUGAUACAUCGGUAACAAGCAUGUGUCUUCAUCUCCGAGCUAACUUCAGAGAACUCAUUAGAAGUGUGUGUUCAGUCAUUAAAGAAAUGUUCAAUUUCAGCCAUCUCGCUCUCUCGCUCUCUUCAGUCACAUGGAUAUCAGAAAAAACACAAAUGAAAAUAUUUUUAGUCUCUGAUCUUUUUAUAGCAGUGAUGAAUCUGUGCUACAGUAAGAAUACAGUUUGCAAAAGUGUGUCACCACAAUUAAGCAAGCGUCGACUUCUUUCUCAAAAUUGAAUUUCAAGCUCUGUUUCUUGUAUAAUAUUUAUCAGAAGUGUGUCCUAUAUUGAAGCGACAUUCCAACUGUCAUGGUAGAUAUAUGUAGUAUGAAUAAGGUCUUCAAUGUGCAGCUGUAAUUAACUAUCUUUCUCUGCUGUCUCCGUCUCUCCCCUCUUUUUCCCCUCAGGGCCGUAUUACAACCCCAGACCCAGGCAGCGCAUCCCGAGGGAUCUGGCCAUGUGCGUCACUCCCAGCGGACAGUUCUACUGCUCCAUGUGCAACUGCGGAGCCGAGCAAGAGACGGACUUCAGGCAGCACUUGGAGAGCAAGCAGCACAAAGCAAAAGUGUCCGAGCUGAGAUACCGUCACGAGAUGGAGAACCUCGGCUACAGCUAA